UCUUUUAAUAAAAUAAAAUAAAAAUUCCAUCAAAAUGUCUGCUGCUAUGCCAAUUAAUCCCAAACCAUUCCUUAAUGGUUUAACGGGUAAAGCUGUAAUAAUCAAACUUAAAUGGGGGCAUGAAUAUAAAGGUUAUUUGGUGUCUGUGGAUGGAUACAUGAACAUGCAGUUGGCCAAUACAGAGGAACACAUUGAUGGACAAGUUACAGGAAACCUGGGAGAAGUUCUGAUACGAUGCAACAACGUUUUAUAUAUCAAAGGUGUUGAUGAUGAAGAUGAGGAGGGUGAAAUGAGAGACUAAUAGAAAAGUACAAACCAUGGUCUUAGCUUAUAAUGUA